AUCUUAUUGGUUAAUGUAUGUCUUACGUGAUUGUUCAUUGGUCUACCGCUGGCGCUAACUGUCCAGUUGCCUGAGAAACGAUGAUGUCAUUAUUAAAUAGUUCAUCCAUGAUUGGUCCGCCCCAAGGGUAAACUUAAAACUGAUAGCUGCAGGAAACUGAACUAAGGAAUUCCUGUGACCAUGAAGCUUUUUAGAGGAGAUUCGCGACUGGUCUGUGAGCUUGCGCUUCGACCCCUGGCUUUAGUUUUUUUGGGCGUUCUUGAGGUCAAAGCACUGGACAAUGGCUUGGCACGUACUCCUACAAUGGGCUGGCUGCACUGGGAACGGUUCAUGUGCAACGUCGACUGCCAAGAAGAGCCUGAUUCCUGCAUCAGGCUGUACUGAAGCGAGAGUUAGAGAAACCAUGAGAUCACUGAGAUGUCCCUCAACCCCUUUUCCUUGAGUGUGGCAUCAGGCUGGAAAGUUGACCUGAAGGAACUUUACACAUCAAAGCGAGCAGCUGUUCAUGCAGAUGGCAGAGCUCAUGGUCUCUGAUGGCUGGAAGGACGCAGGUUAUGAAUACCUCUGCAUAGAUGACUGCUGGAUGGCUCCUGAAAGGGACUCAAAGGGCCGCCUUCAGGCAGAUCCCCAGCGCUUUCCUAGUGGGAUCCAGCACCUAGCUAAUUAUGUCCACAGCAAAGGAUUGAAGCUAGGAAUUUAUGCAGAUGUUGGGAAUAAAACCUGUGCAGGUUUCCCUGGGAGUUUUGGAUACUAUGACAUUGAUGCCCAGACAUUUGCUGACUGGGGUAUAGAUCUGCUAAAAUUUGAUGGUUGUCACUGUGACAGCCUGACGUCCUUGGCAGAUGGUUAUAAGUACAUGUCCUUGGCCUUGAACAGGACUGGGAGAAGCAUUGUGUACUCCUGUGAGUGGCCUCUUUAUAUGAGACCUUUUCAGAAGCCCAAUUAUACAGAUAUCCGAUAUUAUUGCAAUCACUGGAGAAAUUAUGAUGAUGUUUAUGAUUCCUGGGAAAGCAUAAAGAAUAUCUUGACCUGGACAACAACUAACCAGAAAGAGAUUGUUGACGUCGCUGGACCAGGGGGUUGGAAUGACCCAGACAUGUUAGUGAUUGGCAACUUUGGCCUCAGUUGGGACCAGCAGGUAACUCAGAUGGCCCUCUGGGCUAUCAUGGCAGCGCCUCUACUCAUGUCCAAUGAUCUCCGACAAAUCAGUUCUCAAGUCAAAGCUCUACUUCAGAAUGAGGAUGUAAUCGCCAUCAACCAAGACCCCUUGGGCAAGCAGGGGUACUGUUUUAGAAAGGAAGACAACAUUGAGGUUUGGGAAAAACCACUCUCAAACUUAGCCUGGGCUGUAGCUGUGAGAAACCUGCAGGAAAUUGGCGGACCUCGUUCUUACACCAUCCAGGUUUCUUCUCUAGGUCAAGGAAUAGCCUGCAAUCCUGGUUGCAUCGUGACGCAGCUCCUCCCUGUGAAAGAACGGCUAGGCUUCUAUGAAUGGACUUUAACCUUAAAAACACGAAUAAAUCCCUCAGGCACUGUUCUGCUUCGGCUAGACUAUGUCUGAAGGCAGAGAUGUACAUUAAAUGGCCAGUGUUACUAAGACCAAAACACUCCCUGCCUCUUUCCUGUGAUCCCUUUAAUAAAGUAACCCAAAGUCAUGGCCUUUAAAA